UUAAGGGAUCAGAUUUAUUACAAGAAGUAUGAAAAGUUAAAAAAUUUAAAUAACUUAAGAAAUGCUCAUGUUUUUAAGGCGUUUAAAAAGUCAUUAGGAGUAAAAAAGUGCCGUAACGCGUCUUUAUUUAACGCUACUAAAGUCGCGGCGUCUCCUAUCCUCCUUAGACCCCAGGUAUCAUAUAUGAUACCUGAGGAUUUAAUUUUUUUUUUUGGAGCGCUGAAGCAAUUAGCCGCCAGUUCCCGAUGGUAUCAUAAAUGAUACAUAGCCAAAUAUGCGCACAUAUUUUUAUUUCGCCGACGCACUCUGUAGUGGUGAGAUUAGGUUAGUGUAUUGUUUACAUUUGCAAGUGCACAUUGCAUCAUUAUGCCUUUUGACCAAAAUAAGAGGGCCUUAACCAGCUUCGAGCUAGAAGAAUUAGUUCUUAAUCUGGACCUAGACCAAUCAGUUAUCGGCGAUUUAUCGUCGGAGAGUGGGGAUGAAGUAGAUGUGGACUUGGAUUUGGUUAAUAUUAACUUUGAUCAUCAGGAUGGAUUAUUAAGUAUAGAGGAUAUGGAGAUGGCAGAAAAUAUGAGUGAUUCUUCGGAUGACGAGCCUCUUGCCCAUUAUUUACCAGGCUAUGAAAAAACUUGGUCCCGUGUCCGGGAAUUUGAACCAUUCCAGUUUAAUUUUAAAAACGAGAACAUUUCCACUCAAUUAAAUCAACCAAGUAUGUACCUAAGAAAAUACAUUUCUGAUACUUUUUUUGAACAAAUGGCACUUUUCACAAAUAUGCGUGAGGUUAUUGAGACAGGCCGUUCCCUUGAAACUUUUGAAUAUGAAUUGCGAAAAUUCUUUGGAGCUUCCAUGUUGAUUGGAAUUUAGGUCUACCGAGAAUAAGGAUGUACUGACCGCGAAGUACAAGAGUACCAAUUGUUUCAGACACAAUUUCAAGAAAUCGGGACUUUAUAUUGCGAUCACGGGUAAAACUUGUAGAAGAUCACAGGGUUACCAAUGAAGAAAAAAUAAUAGAUAGAUUCUGGAAAGUAAGGCCUUUAUUGGACAUGGUGCAAAGAGGAUGCCGUUUAAAUGAACGAACGAAAACAGUGUCAAUAGAUGAACGAAUGAUUCCUUUUCAUGGCCAAGUAAAAAUGCGACAAUUUGUUAGGGGUAAGCCAAAUCCAGUGGGAUUAUUCCUCAAGCAGAUUGCGAGCAAAGUGAUUCUGAUGAAGAGCAGGUAACGCCCCGAAAAUAAAGAAAAAUUCAGCAUAUUCCAGAUAGAAGAGAGAGGAAGCAGGGAAACACUCAUCUACCAGUGUUUACCAAACACGACCAGAAAUCCAGAUCAAAAUGUCGAUAUCCGAAAUG